UCGCCGGGAUGUAACGUCGAAGAUAGAGCCACCAAUUGGGUGAGCGGGUGGUAAUCGGGGCGUGUCAUCGGACUUACCUGGGGGCAGAGCGGACCUGGAAGGCAAGAACAAAAACCUUCGAGAUGAUGCUGAGGGACCGGGUAGAUCAAUGAACAAACAGGUGACGGAUGUUCCAGUGGAUUGUUGGGCAAAGUCGAGGCAAACACAACCACUCAUAUACAUUAAGUUAAAGGACUGGUGUCAAAGCCACCUGAUGCACUAGCCUUGCUUCUUGGGAAAGAGGCUCCUGAGCAAACCAGACAGACUGUGCUGUCCUUCCGCGGCUUCUGCAGAUGUCAGGCAAGAUGGCUGCCGACUCGCCCGUGAGGACAGAGCAGGAGGAGCUGCAGAGGAGGGCCAACCAGGUAACAGAUGAGUCCCUGGAGAGUACCCGUCGUAUGAUGCAGCUAGUAGAGGAGAGCAAAGAUUCAGGAAUCCGGGCCCUGGUCAUGCUGGACGAACAAGGAGAGCAACUGGAGCGGAUUGAGGAGGGCCUGGACCAGAUCAACUCGGAUAUGAAGGAGGCUGAAAAGAACCUCACAGACCUGGGCAAAUGCUGCGGUCUGUGUUCCUGUGAUAAGCUGAAGGACUUUGAGGAGAGUGGUGCCUAUAAGAAGGUGUGGGGGAACAACCAGGAUGGGGUGGUGUCCGGGCAACCGUCCUCACGCGUGGUGGAUGAGAGAGAGCAGAUGAUCAUGAGCGGAGGCUACAUAAGCAAGGUGACAAAUGAUGCACGCGAAGAUGAGAUGGAGGAGAAUCUGGGACAUGUAGGCAGCAUUAUAGGCAACCUGAAGAGCAUGGCACUGGACAUGGGCAAUGAGAUCGACACGCAGAAUGUCCAGAUUGACCGCAUUCAGGGCAAGGCCAUUCUCAAUGUAUCCCGCAUCGAUGCUGCCAAUCAGAAAGCUAAUAAUCUAAUGAAGAGAUGAAGAGGAAAUCCUCCGUCUCUGCUGUGUGAUCUUAUCUACUCCCUGUCGUUCUGUGCCAAUAUGCGUUCAGUGACCCACAUAGAAAAUCUGCCAAAUGAUCGUGUAUGCCUUAUCCUAAAGUCUGAGCAGCAGGGUACACAUCAUUAUUCAUACCUAGCUCUACAUUAACCCUAGUCUGUUUGCCAGUCUCUGUUCAGUUAUUACAUUCCACUCUUGGUACUCCAUGUCACAUGUCACAUGACAAAAAAAAA